UGCUGACUGGAGCCUCCAAGCCACACGUCGAAGCCAGUUAAAGGGACAACUUUGCAUUUAAAUGACAGCCCUAAAUUACAGUGAAUGACAGAAGAAGCUGAGCUGCAGGUCCAACGUGUACCUGAAUCCUGAACCAGCACCUAGUGAGGUCCCAGGGGAUGCACCUCACCAGGGUCUGGCUCAGCAGCAUCACAAGCCCCAACAUGGACAAAAGGCUUGAGAAGAAGGAGGGCAACCCCAAAUCGUAGCAGAGUGUCAUUCUGUUACCCUUCAUCUGCUGAAUCAUUGCAUUCAGACUAGGCCGGUGUGAGGUUUCCUCGCUCUGUCCUCGCUUCUAGGAGCAGCAGCCCCACAGACAGACGGAGCCUCCAGCCUGCAGGAAUUCUGCUAUGCCAGGGGACCCAAAUACAAGACUCCACUGAAGAUAGAACUGCAUAUCAACUGCAACCAUGGGGGCCACAGGCUACGGCUACUAUCGUGUCGUCAUAUUCAUCUGCAUGUUCAUCGGCUACUCACUGUAUUUCUUCAACAGAAAGACCUUCUCCUUUGUCAUGCCCUCUGUGAUGGAUGAGAUAAACCUGGACAAAGAUGACUUGGGUAUGAUCACCAGCAGCCAGACCAUGGCCUAUGCCAUCAGUAAGUUCAUCAGCGGCGUGCUGUCGGAUCAGAUCAGCGCCCGUUGGCUUUUCUCCAUCGGCCUCUUCGUGGUCGGAGGCAUCAACAUAGUCUUCUCCUGGUCUUCCACUGUGUCCAUGUUCUCUCUGCUCUGGUUCAUCAAUGGUCUGGGACAAGGCUGUGGCUGGCCUCCCUGUGGGAAGGUGCUACGCAAGUGGUAUGAGCCCUCCCAGUUUGGAACAUGGUGGUCUGUGCUGUCCUGCAGUAUGAACCUGGCUGGAAGUCUGGGCCCAAUCGUGGUCACAGUGCUCCUGCAGUACUACGACUGGAGGACUAUCCUGACCAUGUCAGGCAUUUUCUGUGCAGCCUUCUCAUUUGUUUGUUUGGUGUUUGUGAAGAACGAGCCAAAGGAUGUGGGUCUGCCCAGCAUUGAAGCAGCAGCCAAGAAGGGGGUGAAGGGAGGCAACAGCGAGAGCACCCUGACGGAGUUCCUCCUCUCACCUUUCCUGUGGGUGCUGUCCCUGGGGUACCUGGUGGUGUUUGGAGUGAAGACGGCAGCUACCGACUGGGGACAGCUGUUCCUCAUGCAGGAGAAAGGACAGACCGUUCUCAUGGGCAGUACCUACAUGAGUGCCUUGGAGGUGGGAGGUUUUGUGGGCAGCCUGGCAGCAGGCUUCAUCUCAGACAGAGCUGUAUGUCGGCAAGGCUUGGGCACCCACGGUAACCCUCGCCAUGGCCUGCUCAUUACCAUGAUGGCUGGCAUGUAUGUGUCCAUGUACCUCUUUAGAGUGACCAUCACGCCUGAAAUCCCUCAGGAGGCUCCUCUUUGGGUCCAAGUCAUUCAUCCUGUGUCUGUCCUCACUGGGGUGUCAGAGAAAGAGAUUUGGAUCCUCUUCCUCGGUGCUAUGUUUGGAUUUUCGUCUUACGGACCAAUUGCCUUGUUUGGGGUGAUAGCCAGUGAAAGUGCUCCUUCUAAUUUCUGUGGAACCUCUCAUGCUGUUGUAGCUCUGAUGGCUAACGUGGGAGCUUUUAUGGCAGGACUUCCCUUCAGCACUAUUGCCAAACAGCACAGCUGGGACAUGGCUUUCUGGGUAGCUGAGGUGAUAAUGGGCAUCGCUACUGUUGGGUUCUUCCUCGUGCGCAACAUGCGCACCAAAAUGGGACGGAUCGCAGAGAAAAAGGACUAAAGUCUCUUCUAGAAAAGAGCCAAGUGUCAGUGUCAACAGAUGGUGUUCUUGCACUUUCGAUAGCAGAAUACUGCACAUUAAUACAACUCCGGUCUCACAAACAAAAUGACAAACACAAGCUAAUAUUUAGAUAUUUUUCCACGUUACUGGUGAUUGAUGUAGAUACUCUGGGUGAGUAAACCAUUUUAAAUUAAUAAUCCGUUAGCCACGCACACAUAGCUCUAGUCGUCACAUGCAACAGCACAGCAAUGCAGGAGAUCAUAAUCUUUUAUCACAAGCUAACAUUUAAUUCUUCCAUUGACAGCCUAGAAAAUGCUUUCAUGUGGUCACACUUAGUUGCUUUAUGACAACUGUAUGCUCAAGAAAAUACACAAACAUGAAAGUCUUUAAGUUUAUAGGAGGAUUUUCUCAAGAUACAGUAAACUGUAUGUGCUGCUCGUUGCAUACUCUGCCUUCAGUGGAGGUCAUUUAUAUUUAACUUAAUGAAUGUUUACUGAGCAGUCUGUAUUUUCUAGGAUCCUUGUCUAGGUAUUAGCACAGAUGUGUUGCAUGUGUCUGCAUUCAUUUCACUAAUACCUCAAGUAUUUUUUAAAAACGUAGAAGGGUUAUUGUUUCACUGACAUUAUGUAAUUAGAGAAUGUGAUAUUUUUAUAUACACUUGGAUGCUAAAUGAUACAGAACAACAGUUUUGGGCAUUCUUCUUAGGCCAUGUCAGCUUUUCUGAUCUGACGUUUUUAAGGUUUGACUAAUUAAACGACAGCUGAUAAUGUCACUGCCAUUGUAGUUGUGAAGAGCACUUGCAACACCAGAUUAUAUACUGUUAAAAUCUGUCAUCUCAAAAAUGGGAGUUUUGUCAACUCCAAUAGUAAGAAGUCUGUAAUACAAUGUACUAUUUUUGGUACGUCUGUGUCUUACUGGAAUUGUACAAUGGACUUCAAAGAGAAUCUAAUAAAUGUGAAUUUUACUUUC